GCAUUUUAUAGUACAUUUUCUUAAUUAAAAACAAAUCAAACGCGAAAUGCUGCAAAAUCUGUAAAUAACAAAGAAAAUCCCUGUAAUUUUAAGUAAAAAAGUGAGUCUUACGUGCAAUAAUGUUUCUGCCCGAAACUGCCACCUUUUGUAUCACCCUGUUGGUAUACGGAGCCAUCCUUCUGCUCCUGAUUUACUAUGUCCUGACGCUGGCGGAUCUGGAGUGCGACUAUCUGAAUGCCCAGGAGUGUUGCCGGCGCCUCAACUUCUGGGUCAUACCCAAAUUCGGAUCCCACGCCCUGCUCUGUGGUCUCCUGCUUAUUGGUGGCCAUUGGGUGAUGUUUCUGUUAAACCUGCCGAUGGUAAUUUGGCUUUUCUACGAACUUAAUCGCCAGCGGCGUGAUAGCCUGGGUGUCUACGAUCCGGUAGACAUACACAGUCGGGGAUUAUUAAAGGUCCACUUGCGGAAUUGUAUGAUUUACCUGGGCUACUACUUCGUCAUGUUCUUCGUGGGGCUGUACUGUCUUAUUUCAUCGCUGAUCAAGGGGGAUCCGAUUAAGCGGUACGAGGACGACGAAAUAGUCACGGAUUUCUGAAGUUUAGCCAAAUAAGCCUUUACCCAAAGGGCUUCCAGUUUAUUCCUUCAUAAUUAGAACAAAAUUUAACGAUUUAACUAGUUUCCCUUUAUUUAAUAGGCUUCUGAAACAAAAACAAACAUGUUUUCAGACUAUUCACUUUCUCAAAAUUUAAGUUAAAUUAAUUCGAUUUGAAUUAUUAUUUAUUGCUAUUAUAUUAUGUCAUAAAAGGGUAUAGACAGAUUAGAUUAUUUAUUACCAUUAAGUCUAAGUAAUAUUCUCAUCAUCAAAUUCGUGCAAAAUUUGUAAAAGUCGAGAUGAAAAAGACUGUUGCACUGUAGUGUGUUCAAUUUAUUGACAUCGAGUUAACAAGAUAUGCAGGACCCUUGCUCAUAUCGAACCUAGUCGCACUUCAUCUUCAUUUUAUUUAUUUUAUCAUUAGCAAUAUAAGCGUAUUCGAAUAGAAAUCACAAAAUACAUAACCAUACACAGUAA